UGUAGCGCGAGUUAUUUUGUUUGCAACGACUUGCGAGAAUUGCUAUGUUAUCAUCUUUUGCCGCCUAUACUCUUGGGCUUUUACUAUAUAGUUCUCCAUUACAUAUCACUUCAUUUAUCAGUACAGAAAGACAGCCACCAAGAAGAUUUGAGGCAUUUCAUCAGAUGGGCCUCUUGCAGGUUACAUAUCAUUUGAUCCCUCGCCUCGAACAUUUUUCAAUCCCAUGGAAAACAACUCAACCUAUGUCCAUCUUCAUACAUUGGGGGAUUGGUGGUCAGGAAAUCAUUCAAUCCCGCUUGGUACGCCAGGAGAUGGAAACCGCAUGAUAAAUUGCGUCUACACGCAUGCUAAUCCUCUAUGCGAAAGCUCUGUCUAUAAUUACGAUGCCAACUCAAUCAUGCCUUGGAAUUCUGUCAACCCUAUGCUCGACUCUACCUAUUCGUGGAAUGGUUUUGAUUUUACCACGGAGUACGCCAGUCCACUGCCAAUCCCUACGCAUAUAGUUACAAAGGAAUUGUCUGCUCCUCGAGUUCAUUCGUACCUUCCCUUGGCGGCAGAAUAUCCGAACCCGCAGCAGAAUCAUGAUCCUGAGGAUCUUUCAAUUUGUGAACCGGCUAGACAAAGGUAUUUCAAACAUGAAAACCUUAAUCCAGGGCCGAAGAACAACAUACAGUCUACUCCUCGUCGCACAAGGAGUGUCAGCAGCAGUAGCAGUCAAUCAACUCAACAGAGCAGCGAUCGCGUUAAGAAAGUCCAAGAACAAAAUCGAAUCAGAGCGUCUAAGUCCCGUAUCCAGCAGAGGGAAGAGGUAUCAAGUCUUACGUCUCGCAUGCAGGAACUAGCUCGUAUCCGCCGCGAGCUUUCCACUUGCGUAGCCGACUUAUCCCUCGAGAUAUGUGAGCUUAAGAUGCAAAUCUUACAGCAGUCGGGGUGUAACUGCCCUCUCAUGCAGAAUUACCUUGCCCAUACGUCCCGGCAAGGGCACCAAAGACCCGGUUGCACAACGAUGUCUGAGGUCACUCCUCCGCAUCCCCGCGGCGUGUAUGAGAACGUCUUUCAAAGUAGAGGCCAGAGACAGCGGCGAGGACAUUCUGAAUAUGUAUAUGAGCUGGGAGCAUGGCGUCUGAAUGGACGAAAUGAUAGGAUGAAUCUUAUAAUAAAUACAGCUUCUCUUUGUCUGUACCGUUUCAUUCUCGAUCGCAGAGUCUAG